UGACUUGUGGCACUCUUAGAGAACAUUAAGGGGCAAGCAUUGCCCUUGAGAAUUGAGAUGCAAGAGGCAACCAUAAGAGUAGUUGACCUCAGUUGCUGUUGAACUCUAAUCAUCCCAUCAAAAAUUUCAGUUAUAUCAGCGUUGAAGUUCGUCAAAAAGUGUACGCAUUCUCUUAUUCCUCAUAAGUUCUUAACAAAAAAAAAAGGAAAAUGGAUCCGAAGUCAAGUGCUUUUGUGAUUGGAAUAGUUGGUGCUGCAGUGACUCUGUCUGCUUAUUCUCAAACUCUCGUCUCUCCAACUCAGUGCAUCGGAGUCGGCCUCUUUGUUCUCAUGUUUGGGUUGCUGGUCAGGGAAGGUCUCAUAUCUCUCUAGCUCACUCCAUCACUCUGGAUAAAUUUAUUUCGCUUCCCUUUUCGUUUUUGUAAUUGAAAUUUGCUUGAUAUGCUUUCUACAAUUUAUUUUUCUGGGAGAUUUGUAUGAUCUAGAGCUUGUUUAAUAGUUGUUAUUUGGAUUGGUGGGCUUUUGUUAUAUGUAAUCUGUCUGUUUUUUUUUCUUUCUAUGUAUUAUGAUGCAAAUCAAGGAUCAUAAGUGCAUAUGGGAAUACUUUCUUGAGAAAUUAGUUGUUUUCAAUAGAUAGCUUUUGAUGUUAGAAAUGAUGUUGAUUGAAACUAUAUAACUAAAAUCGAUCCGGUACAAAUAUCAAAUUUGAUAUAAAUAUGGUGUCAUUGAAUAGUUAACUCCACUAGAUUAAUUAAGUGGUUGAACUUUAACUAAAUGCAUGUACCGAUACUAAAUGUAGCGACUCGGGAUCCCAUUUUUUCAUAGAUUUAUGAAAUAUAUGGUAUGUAUACAUAUAACACGUUCAUGUUAUGAGAGCAGUUAAUCCAAUCCCAACUACCUCACAUAACAUUGACCAGUUAUAAUAAGUUACCCGAGUCAAAACGAUUGUGCAAAGUUUGCAAGCUAGUCGUCCUGUGUUAAUCUGUGAUAUCCGACCUUGUGAAAAUAAAGACAGACAUUAGUCUGACAGUAAAGCUAAGCUGUCUAACUUCUGUUUCAUGUAGAAAGUUUCAAAACAUUACAUAUAUACGAAGCAGACAGCUUCAAGAAACCUUAAAUAAAAUUAGAUGUAUCAAGCCGGCGACUCCCAUCUGCAA